AAUGAAUUAAGUCGUUACACCAACAGGAGUACAGUAGAUACUGGCACUUUUUCCGUCGAGUUUCAUCUGGUUUGGGUAUCAUUGAACCGUUUGGCCACUUGGCUAACAUCAAAGGAUGGCUGAAUAUUUGGCGGCUAUAUUUGGUACAGAGAAGGAUAAAGUAAAUUGCUCAUUUUAUUUUAAAAUCGGAGCAUGUCGACAUGGAGACAGAUGUUCCCGUAUCCACAAUAAACCCACAUUCUCUCAAACAGUUCUCCUGCAGAAUCUGUAUGUCAAUCCUCAGAAUUCUGCCAAGUCUGCUGAUGGAAGCCAUUUGGUUGUUGCCAAUGUGUCUGAUGAAGAAAUGCAGGAGCAUUAUGACAACUUCUUUGAAGAUGUGUUUGUAGAAUGUGAAGACAAAUAUGGAGAGAUUGAAGAAAUGAAUGUGUGUGACAAUCUCGGAGAUCAUCUGGUCGGAAAUGUUUACAUCAAGUUCCGUCGCGAAGAGGACGCAGAGAAGGCAGUCAACGACCUCAACAACCGCUGGUUCGGCGGUCGGCCCGUGUACGCAGAGCUGUCGCCCGUGACCGACUUCCGUGAGGCCUGCUGCCGCCAGUACGAGAUGGGAGAGUGCACGCGCUCCGGGUUCUGCAACUUCAUGCAUCUCAAACCCAUCUCGAGGGAGCUGAGGAGUCUGCCUUGCUCCAGAUAUCUGUACUCGCGGCGGCGGUCGGGGCGCAAGUCGCGGUCGCGGUCGCCCAAGGAGCGCCGCCGCCGGUCCAAGUCGCGCGAGCGCCGCCGCGACGCCCCCCCGCGCGCCUCCCGCUCCGGCCGCUACUGACCGCAACCUCCGCACCGCAAACUCCAUGGAAAACUAUGAAGUGACAGCAAAGAGGUGUUGUAUCAAAUUUGAAUUGGUGACUUUUUGUUCUUCUUUUAAAUAUUAUAGGUUAUGUUGGGUAUGACGCGCGCAGAUAAAGAAGCAAUAUGAAAAUGGUUCAAAAGUGCGAGUAGAAGAGAGUAUUAUCAGACCUAGGAAUAAGGAAGGCCGCAUGAUGCCGUCCGCCGUUUUCAUGUUGUUUCUUUAUCAGCUGGCGUUAUAUUGCCCGUUCCAUGUGUAGAUUAUCUUGUUCCAUUAGAGAUGUUUAGUGUUCUAUGUGAAUAUGGCGUCACUAUCUCAUUGACUGUUUGGUUUAAAACUCUUUGUAAAAUAUAUUGCAUGUGUUUGGCUACAUGGCAACUAGUACACACAAUAUUAUUAUGUAAAGUAAUGAAUUAUUAUGUUGAAUAAGAUGCUUCAAUGACGACAUAUUUGCUUACAACACUUAUAAGAAUGAACGGAAUUACUUAGAACAUUCAUAUUAUAUUGCUGAUAAUUUAAAAUAUUUUGUGACUAUUUUAUUAAAAUAUUUUUCAAAAAAACUUAUGUUUUCCAAUUUUGUUGUAAUGUAAAUCGAUCGUCAGCAGUUUGCAGUGUAUACGUUUAUACUAUUUUCAAAGCACAUUCUUAUUUUUCUGUAUGAUUAAUUACAAAACGUAUAAUAUAACAGUGAUUCAUUUUAAUAUUAUUUAGACGAAUCUGUUAUGUGUUAAUAACCUCUUAUGGAAGUAGGUAAUUGGCAUCAGGGAAGUUAUAGCCCUUCUGUUUUAAAAUGUAUUGUGUAAAAGGUACAGUGGAGAAGCCUUAUGCAAAUGGUCUAAAUCAGCCAUAAAAUUCGGUCUAAUCUGUCCAGAAAUGUAAGAAAAAUAAACAUAAAAUGUCAGCUUCACUAGUUGUGAGUGGUGUUUAAAUGUUAUUUAAAUAGUAAAAUUAAGUUAGAUCAAUGAUUAAUAAAACUUAAAGCAAUAUGACAAAGUUUCUUAUAGUUUCGGUUAGGCUACACUUACACAUCCGAGUGCGUAUGUUGUUUAGAACCUUCACCACUGUACCCCCGUUAUGUAUUUCGUCAAAAAAAUAUCUCCAAUUUGUAGUCUUCUUUUAGAAGAUCUUCCCAUAUGCUCGAUGUGUCUUAUUGUUCUGUACGAUAUCCAGUUCUUGCGAAAUACACCAGUAUACAUUGCAUAACGGAAAUAAAGUUUUAAUUAAGAUCUAUUUUGUAAGGAAAUACUAAUAAGAAUAAACAACACAACUUGAAAAUA